GAGCGUGCCGCCGCGCCUCGGCGGGGGGAGAUGCCUCGGGGCUGGGAGGCAGAAGCCGGCGCUUCCCCAGCGUCCGCGGAGCGGUGCCGGCUCCCGAGACAUGAAGGCGGGCGGCUGUAAUGGAGUAAGAGCGACGACGGCUCCUCUCAUCCGCCGCUUGCCCUUCCAGACGGGAUUGUAAGCCGAGAGAGUUGAGGAAGGCUGUGCGAAAGAAGGAGGAAAUUCCUCUCGUCAGGGUUUUUGGUUUUGGUUUUUUUUUUUCCCUUUUUUUCUUUUUAUUUUUUUUUUCUCCUGCCUCGAUCCUUGGCCUCCCCAGGUAUGACUGCCUCACUGCAGCACCUUGUGCUGGUGCUCUUGCUCUCCAGUGCCACCCUGCUGCUCAGCACUGCGGCUGCUGCGCAGAGUGAGGAGCGGCUAUGUGCAUUUAAGGACCCAUAUCAGCAGGACCAUGGAAUUAGUGAGAGCCGAAUCUCCCAGGAGAACGGUACAAUUUUGUGUAUGAAAGGUAGUACCUGCUAUGGACUUUGGGAAAAAACCCGAGAAGGAGACAUACAUCUUGUAAAACAAGGUUGCUGGUCUCAUAUAGGAGACCCACAAGAGUGUCACUUUGAGGAGUGUAUAGUUACAACCACCCCUUCCUUGAUUCAGAAUGGAACAUACCGCUUCUGCUGCUGUAGUACGGACUUGUGUAAUGUCAACUUCACAGAAAAUUUUCCACCUCCUGACCCUACCGAUACAACACCUUACAAUUCUUCUCAUUCUUUUCAUCGAGAUGAGACUAUAGUUAUUGCCCUUGCAUCUGUGUCUGUACUGGCUGUUUUGAUUGCUGCUCUGUUCUUUGGAUACAGGAUGCUUGCAGGAGACCGUAAACAAGGUUUGCACAGUAUGAACAUGAUGGAGGCAGCAGCAUCAGAGCCCUCCUUGGAUCUGGAUAAUCUGAAGUUGUUGGAGUUGAUUGGCCGGGGACGAUAUGGAGCAGUAUAUAAAGGCUCCCUAGAUGAACGUCCAGUUGCAGUGAAAGUAUUUUCUUUUGCUAAUCGUCAGAACUUUGUCAAUGAGAGGAACAUUUACAGGAUUCCACUGAUGGAACACGAAAACAUCGCCCGCUUCAUUGUGGGGGAUGAGAGAUACACUGCAGACGGUCGUAUGGAGUAUUUAUUGGUGAUGGAAUAUUACCCCAACGGUUCUUUGUGCAAAUAUUUGAGUCUUCACACAAGUGACUGGGUGAGCUCCUGUCGUUUGGCACACUCUAUAACUAGGGGCUUGGCAUACCUGCACACGGAGCUACCUCGAGGAGACCAUUACAAACCUGCAAUAUCCCAUCGUGACUUGAACAGCCGCAAUGUACUGGUAAAGAAUGAUGGAACAUGUGUAAUUAGUGAUUUUGGACUCUCCAUGAAGUUAACUGGAAACAGACUGGUACGCCCAGGUGAGGAAGAUAAUGCAGCCAUUAGUGAGGUUGGUACAAUCCGCUAUAUGGCUCCAGAAGUGCUUGAAGGAGCAGUGAACUUGAGGGACUGUGAAUCUGCUUUGAAACAAGUAGAUAUGUAUGCGCUAGGCCUUAUCUACUGGGAGAUAUUUAUGAGAUGUACAGACCUCUUCCCAGGGGAAUCUGUGCCAGAGUACCAGAUGGCUUUCCAGACAGAAGUCGGAAACCAUCCCACUUUUGAAGAUAUGCAAGUCUUGGUGUCUAGAGAGAAGCAAAGACCAAAAUUCCCAGAAGCGUGGAAGGAGAACAGCCUGGCUGUGAGGUCACUUAAAGAAACAAUUGAAGACUGUUGGGAUCAAGAUGCUGAAGCUCGACUAACAGCGCAGUGUGCUGAGGAGAGGAUGGCAGAACUCAUGAUGAUUUGGGAGAGAAAUAAAUCAGUUAGUCCAACAGUCAACCCUAUGUCAACUGCCAUGCAAAAUGAGCGGAAUCUGUCGCAUCAUAGGCGUGUAUCAAAGAUAAGGCCAUAUCCAGAUUACUCUUCCUCUUCCUACAUCGAAGACUCAAUUCACCACACUGACAGCAUAGUGAAGAACAUUUCUUCUGAACAUUCAAUGUCUACUACACCAUUGACUUCAGGGGAAAAGAAUCGAAACUCCAUUAACUAUGAGCGGCAACAAGCGCAAGCUCGCAUCCCUAGUCCUGAGACAAGUGUCACCAGUUUGUCCACCAAUACUACCACCACAAAUACAACUGGCCUCACUCCUAGCACUGGCAUGACCACCAUAUCCGAAAUGCCUUAUUCGGAUGAAACAAACUUACAUACUACAAAUGUCAUGCAGCCAGGUGGGCCCACCCCUGUUUGUCUGCAGCUAACAGAGGAGGACUUAGAGACAAAUAAAUUGGAUCCAAAAGAAGUGGAUAAGAACCUGAAAGAAAGCUCUGAUGAGAAUCUGAUGGAACAUUCACUUAAGCAGUUUAGCGGGCCAGAUCCACUCAGCAGCACUAGUUCCAGCUUGCUUUAUCCACUGAUAAAACUUGCAGUAGAGGUGACAGGACAACAGGACUUCACACAAGCUGGCAAUGGUCAAGCAUGUUUGAUUCCAGAUGUCCCAUCUGCUCAGGUCUAUCCUCUACCCAAGCAACAGAACCUUCCGAAGAGGCCUACUAGCCUCCCCCUAAACACCAAAAAUUCAACAAAGGAGCCACGGUUAAAAUUUGGUGGCAAGCACAAAUCAAACUUGAAGCAAGUGGAAACAGGCGUUGCCAAGAUGAACACUAUCAAUGCUGCGGAACCUCAUGUCGUGACAGUUACCGUGAACGGAGUGGCUGGGAGAAGCCACAGCAUAAACUCUCAUGCUGGCACAACCCAAUAUGCCAAUGGGACAGUGCCGUCUGGCCAGACAACCAGUUCGGUAGCACAGAGGGCCCAGGAAAUGCUUCAGAACCAGUUCAGUGGAGAGGAUAGUCGGCUGAAUAUUAAUUCAAGCCCUGAUGAGCAUGAGCCCUUGUUGAGGCGGGAGCAGCAGGUUGGCCAUGAUGAAGGUGUUCUGGACCGCCUAGUAGACAGGAGAGAGCGACCACUGGAUAAUGGCCGAACAAAUGCCAAUAACAACAACAGUAAUCCAUGUCCAGUGCCAGACACAGCUACAGUCAGUAUCCAGAAUGUAGCAAGGAAUCCUGGGCAGACCCAGACUAGAAGAGCACAGAGGCCUAAUUCGCUGGAUCUAUCGGCCACAAAUAGUUUGGAUAGCAGUAGUAUGCAGUUAGGUGACUCCUCACAGGAUGGCAAAUCGGGCUCAGGAGAAAAGAUCAAGAAACGUGUGAAAACUCCGUACUCACUUAAGCGGUGGCGUCCUUCAACAUGGGUCAUCUCCACCGAGCCGCUGCACUGCGAGGUCAACAAUAACGGCAGCGACCAGGCAGUCCACUCCAAAUCUAGCACUGCUGUUUACCUUGCGGAAGGAGGCACUGCCACCACAAUGGUAUCUAAGGACGCAGGAGUGAACUGCCUGUGAAAUACUUUAAAAGCCGACAAAUGACCUUUUUUUUGCAUUAUUUGAAACAAACACGCAGAAGACAUUUUAAAAAACUGCUUUCUCCUCCUGUCAGCAACCCCUACCAAGGACUCGCUUUAAAUAGAUUUCAGCUAUGCAGAAAAUUUUUAGCUUAUGCUUCCAUAUUUUUUUAUGUUGUUUUAUUUUUUGAACGUUUUUGCACUUUUAUUUAGUAUCGCUAAAGUUAAGUCUGUCUGUUUUGACCACGGAAUAUAUAUAUGUGUAUCAAAAAUGUGGUCUCAAAAUAUUUUUUUAAGAAAAAGUAACAAAAAAAUAGUAUUGCUGAUAAUCAGUUUGGACCAGUUUCUUAAGGUCACUAAGAUCAUAAGCAGACUAUAAGACAGGUUUGACUGCAGUGGUGUCUUGUAACCAUGUUUUGAUUUCUGUGCACAAGCUAGUCUGUAUAUUUCUAUGUUACAAAGUGUAUUCUCUUUUGAACCCCUUAUUUUUCUUGUGUCAUGUUGAAAUGUGCAAUAGUCUAUAGUUCACAGUAUGCUUUAUUGAAAAGUGUGUUUCUAAAACUGCCACAUGUUCCCCUUUUUGUAUUUGUUAAUUUUUCCCUGACAGUUGAGCAGUCAGCCGGUCAUGACAGUGAACUUUGCACACCGUAGCCAGCUUGAAGCAGCUGCCUAUAUCACAUUGUGGUCUGAGGUGACAAUGCAUGAAUUUUCCCCAACUUGAAAGGGCUUUUAAAAAGG